UCCGAUCGCUGGAGGCGUCUAUGGAAGAGGAGAAGGCUCGCCAGGCGAAGAGUCUUCGGAAAGUGACCGAGGAGAGGGACGCCCUCAAGGCCGAGGCGACUCGGCUGAGGGAGAGGGAGCGGCAGUGGGAGGCUGAAGCCACGGAGCUCAGGCAAGCUCUCUCGAGCGCCGAGUUAGACCGAGAUCGUGCCGAGCACCGGGCGGAGGAGGAAGAGUGCGAGCGGUCCGCCCUGGACGGGCAGGUGCAGGAGCUCAGGGCCGCCCUCCGGCGCUCUCGUGACGCGAUAGAGGCCAUCCGGCUCUGCGACGUCGAAGCGGAGGCGUCGUCGGCUUCGGCGUCCGCUGCCGCCGCCGUCGCCGCCGCCGCUUCCGCUGCCGCAAGCACGGCGGCAGCGGCGGCCGAACGCGAUGCCGUGCGGACCGACCCCGCCGGCCACUACCUCCGCGAUACUACGCACUUUGGGUGGACCCGAUCGCCGGGACAAGAGCACCACCGACGGGUACGCGGCGGCGAAGACGGCCGGAGGCGGGACGAAUCUUGGGGACAACCGGACGGUGCGGUGGCUGGAGGUGCGCGCGGUGUUGGAGAGUUUGAGCCGGUCCCGGUCUUCUUUCGGCGGAGGGGAGGCGGCGGGGAUCGCGCCUGGUCCCCUGCUGAGGGAGCCGUUCGCGAGUAUCACGAGGGAGGGCGGCUGGACGGCGGCGGUGGCGAGUGGGUGACGCAGGCAGUGUCCAGCGCUCACGAAGACGGGGAGCGGCGCCCCGACCUUCAACGGGGCGGGGGCAGUAGAGGCCGUGGCGGUCGGAAGGGACAGGCGGAGUCGGAACCCGAGUGCUGGAGCGACGGAGACGUGGAGAUCGGCAGCAGCGACUACCCGAGCGGUAGCGGCCGGCGGUCACGGAACGGGAGGAGACCCUGGUCCCGGAACGACAGGCACGGUGGUCGCGGCGGCGACGGCAGAGGCCGCGCGGACUUGUCUGUCCGGUCUACACCCGGACGGCGUUGGGCGAGCUUCGACGACCGCCGAGAUCCCUCUCGCCGCGGCUGGAGCGGGAGGUGGGAGAGCGAGGAGCACGGGUCAUCGAGCGGAAACGAGGAGCACCGCCCCUACAGAGGUGACCGGCGAGGGGGCCGCCGCCGUCCGUGGAACGACAGCUAUAGACGGCGUUCCUCCAGCGAAGAGCGGUCAGGGUCAAGUGCUGCGCCCGCCGCCACCGCUGGUGCUAGCGAAACUGCUGCUAGGGAGCGCGUCCAAGCUGCAGAGCUCCUCCUCGUGGAAGAGCGCGAGAGGAUGGCGCGUGAUUUUGAAGCAGAGCGCGCCAAUUUUCGAGAACGAGAGGCCCAGAGAGAAGAGGAGAGGCAGCGGGAGCGUGAGGCGGACCGAGCUCGGCGGGAGGAACUGGAGAUGGAGUCGAUGCGCCGGCGGCUGGAGGAGGAGGAGGACAAGGUAGCCGCCGCGUCGAGGGCGGCCCGCCGGAGGGGGUCCAGGGCCGAUGUAGAACGGCGGCGGGUGCAAGACAACGAGGAGGAGGAGGAGGGGCAACGGCAAGCAACCGGGCAGAGGGACCAGGAACACAGGGUGCAGACCGCACAAGGAGUAGCAGCAAAGGCCGCGGGUGCACAAUCGGGCCAGGAUGUGUCUGUCGGGGGAGGGCAGGGACGCAGGGUUGACGGGGCCAGGGGAGACGAUGCCGACGGGGUCAGGGGGGGUGAUUUGGGGGGGCGAGAACGGGUGUUGAUGGAGGCAGACGCGGCUGCAGAGGUGGCGGCGAUAACUGCGGCAACUGCGCCCGAGGCUUCGAGCUUGGCGCCCCCGCUGCCUCAGGGGGCUACCCGGAGCUCCUGUGCGACCGGAGUGUCGGUGGAAGAUGUGGGAACUUGUCGUGAAGCUGGCGCAGACAACAAGCGGCAGCAGCAGCAGCAGCAGCAGCAGCAGCAGCGGCAGCAACCAACGACUGGCAGCGGGGUGCUUUCACCGACCACCAACCAUGACUCGCGGACGCCCCAUGGUGCUGUCCCAUCCUCAAAAACCGACCUCGAAACAACACCCAAGUCUCCGACUCUAAGCAACGCUCCCCGGGAUACACCCAACAAACCACCGGGGGGACUCACUCAAACCGAAAAGCCGGGAGCGACGCAGACAAGGCCAGACCAAACCGCCGCGAGCGCGUUGGGGGCGAAAAGCGGAGACGCGGUUGCCGGCUCGGCGGACGCACAGCAAGUGGAUAUCACUCAGACCGGUGACGGACGAGAUGAGCCAAGAGCGGGGGGAGAUAGGCCUGUGGAGCCGCAGGCAAUCGACGAGGCUGACAUCGCCAAGGCCCAGGCGCACCGGGAGGUGCAAGAAUACAGAGAAAAAAUCAGGCAGAGGCGCCAGCAGCAGAAGCAGCAGCAGCAGCAGCAGCAGCAUGACCACAAACCACGCGCCGAAUCAACUCGGGUGGGAUUGGCUACCACCGCCGGCGAUACCCUCGCAGUGCGAGCGACGGGGGGUGACGCAGGAGAAGAAGAUUCGCCGCGGGCGUCUCAACGCUGGCAAAGGUCGCAGAGCAGCGGCCACCACGACGGCGGUGACCUUGGCGGGAGCGCGAGCGACCUGUCAGAGCCUUCAACGAGGUCGAGGGGUAACUUAGAGGUCGGGGGGGGGCAGAGUAGCAGCGAUCGGGAAGACAACGAGCAGGACCCCCCGAGCGCUGCGGUGAAGAAUUUAAGCACUCGCAGCGGCGAUGGCGUUCGUAUAGCCAUGGGUGGCGUCGGAACCCGAAGUCGCGAUGGAAACACCGCCGGGAGCAGCGCGAGUGUGGCCGAUGGUGCCGGAGGAGGCAGCGGCAGCGGUAGCGGUGUUUUUUUCGGCGAAAGCGUGGUUUCGGACGGCAGCGACAACGAUUGGUUUUGACAUUCGUUCGUGGAUAUAUGAAGCUGGCAUCCUCUGCUGCUGACCAGGAGGACGUCUUCCUUCCUCUACCUUCGUGUUCAUGACUGUGCGCCACCACCAGGUUUCGUAUCUACCCUUUCUCUGUUUCGGGCUUCGUGGCGCAUGGAACAAGGAGUCGGUUGGGAACGUGGCCACCAGUGGCGUGAGGCAUUCCGACUUACAUUUCUUGGAUUGCUUUUCGCCUUUGUCUCAAGCAGAGGUGGUGCGGCCUGCUACAGUUUGUCACCAGGAGAGACCUCAUACUAGCGGGCAGAAAAUUUCGUGCGCGGGUGCGUGUGACUGUUGUUUCGUGGUUUUGCUCAAAACUUUGCUCUUUGCUGCAGCAAGAUAGGUCAUCACUCGCUUUUUUCACGGACAUCUCGAAGUGUUGAUCUGUUGCCCCCUCUCUGUAUGGUCAUGCCUGGUUACCUGAUGGCGACGAAAACCAUGUGUGGACUCUCGGAUAGAGGAAACCCUGGUGUAGAGUAGAAGUUGGCGUCAUUGACAACUGGGAGUAGGUGCAGUUUUUCACG